GAUAACCUAACCUUGGAUCUUGUGAUUUGUUAUCGGGCUUUACUUACUAAAAUAAAUUCUAGUUAAGAUUCGACGCAGUUUCUUAAAACUUAACCAUUUUACAGUGUUUUGCAUACAAGUUCCAUGUCUGGGAUGAUAACACGCCUCCGAGCCUUCUCCACGCAAGCGUUGAAGGUUGUCAACAAUGUUGCUAGGCAACAGUUUGUGGUAACUCUGCAAAGCGGUACGCUAACAGCAGAGGCGACAAUAGAUUAUGAUAAGCAAGGCAAGAAAAUAACGUUCCUCCACACAAAUGUACCGAAAGAGUUUCAAGGGAAAGGUGUUGGCAAGUUGUUAGCUGAGCAUGCAUUUACUUAUGCCUCAGAUAACAGCUUGGACGUGAUAUGCAAAUGUCAUUUCCUUGCUAAAUUUUAUGAGGACAACUUAAAUAAAUACAAGAAUCUUCAAGUUAAAUUAGAGUUAGAUUAGUUCAAAAUGGAUCUUAUGUGGUAUAGGUGUAACAUACAUUAUUAUUUAUGGGAAAAAUGCUAUGGAAAAUCAAAGAAAAUAUCUCAGGAGGCAUCAACAAAAUUUGCAGAAAAUGCAGAAUUUUUAUUUUAUCAUGGCUUAGCCAAUAUACUAGAAGGGCAAGUACAAAAAGGCUUAAAUGAUCUAUCACCAUUACAAUCUGAUAAAAAUUUACAAUUUGCCAUUGUAAUGGCCCUCAUCUAUGGCCACAAAUUACUAAAUAGUUAUGAAAGAGAAGAAUUGUAUAGCUUAGAAUCAAAACUUAAAGAGGAAAAGAAACAAGCCAACUCAUCCUCAUUCUAUUAUGCUGGUUUAUUUUUGUCAAUGGCAGAGAAGUAUGAAAAAGCUUCUGAAUAUAUCAAUAAGUCAUUAAGAAAGGAUCCUAAUAAUUUAGAAGCAAUAAUUUUAAAAGGCUGGAAUGAUAUGUAUAUGAAUAUUGGUGAAGUACAAUCAUCCAUUCUGGAUUGUUUAGAGUUAGCUCUUCAAAAAAGUGACAGACAUAUUGAAGCCAUUUUGGGUCUAGCAAAAUAUAGAUAUUUUGCAAAAGAUUAUAAUGCUUGUAAUCUAUUGUUGGAUAAACUUAUAGUUAAUAAUCCUGGUCAAGUAGUGCCCCUUACAGAGAAAUUGAAAAAUGAAUUUGCAGCUUCUAGGUGGGAGGCUGUAUAUGAUACACUUGAAAGAGUCCUUUCUUUAGAACCUACAAAUUUAGAGGCAUUAAAAAUUAGAAUAUUUAUCGCACUUUGUAAAAAUUCAGACUAUAUUGAAGCAGUAGAUCAACUGAAUACAUUUUUUACUGUGCUAGAGAAUGAAGAAACCAACAAUGGCUAUCAGUUUUACUUUACAGCACAAGUGUUUUCUAAAGUAUGUGGGAGAUCAAGUGCAGUUCUCUCUCAGGUGUUUAAAUUUGCACAAUAUGCAUCCGAAAUGUAUUCAAAUAAUGUGGAUUAUUUGAGCGAAGUUGGUUAUCAGUGUAUUCUACAGGGAAAAUACAAAGAUUCCUUGAGUUUCUUCAAAGCCGCUAGCAAAAUUGACAGUAAUUCUAUAACUGCUCUAUGCGGACUAACUCUAUGUCAAAUGUUUGAUAAUGGCCCAACAGAUCAGAUUGCACAACAGGUCGAAUUGUUAUUUGAAAUGCAGGGGACCCAAAAAUUUCCUGUACUAUACUUACUAUCAGCACAAUUGAAUAGUAAGAAUUCUAAUGCCGUAACAUUUCUUAAUAAUGCAAUUGACACGCAAAUAUCAUCAGCGGCUCGGUACCCAUAUAGCUUGUCGUAUAUUAAGAAUCUGGACCCAGAUUUUCUGUUGGAGGUAUAUAAAGAGUACAAGAAACAUUUACCAAGGAAGCCAUUUAUAAUCAUUGGAUAUAUCUUGUACUCUCAAGAAGGAAACAAUGCUUUGGUAGCAAGCUGUUUUAAACUGUUAAGCACAAUAUGUAAAUCGUGUCCUGGAUUGAUAACAGCUUUGUACGAAUUGGCAAAGCUGAAAUUUCUGUUUGGAUAUUCAACUGAAGCCCAAACAUUGGCUCAGCAGAUAGGUGACUUUGAUAACACUCACGCUGGAAGCCAGGUCCUCCUAGCCCAGAUUUUCAUUCAGCAAGGUGCAUUCACAAAAGCCACUCAAACGUUGGAAAUGUGUUUGAGUUACAACUUUAAAAUACGGGAUAGUGUAAUGUAUCAUUUCCUGAAUGGGAUAAUUUUGAAAAACAUGAAUCAACUGCAAGACGCACUGUCGAGCUUCGUCACAAGUCUUCAAAUACUUACGAGCAAGAGUAAUGUUAGUAGACAACAAGAAUCUGACCUGAAUAUAAUAGACAAAGCAACAUUGUACUUACAAAUAAUUGAACUACAGACAACACUAGGCCAGUUCGGUGAAGCGGGAAAAACAAUGCAAGAAGCGAUACAAGAACUUUCAUACACAUCCGAAGAAAGCCGAUUACUUAUAGCACGCGCAGACUUGGCUUUGAACAAAGGCGAUGUUGAUAAUGCCAUCGAAAUCCUCAAUGAAGUGAAAGCGGGACAACCCUACUACUUCCAAGCUCAUAGUAAAAUGGCGCACAUCUAUUUAAAGGAGAAGAAUGAUCGAGCAAUGUUUACUUCAUGCUAUAAAGAUAUAGUUAACAACCAUCCAAUGACAGAUGCGCAUACUAUGAUGGGUGAUGCCUUUAUGUCAAUUCACGAACCCAUACAGGCAGCUGAAUCUUACGAAACUGCACUUAAAGGGAACCCUAAAGAUAUUCAGUUAGUGAAAAAACUGGGGUCAGCUUUGGUCAAAAUGCACGAGUACGAUAAAGCAAUGCAACAUUAUGAAAAUGCUAUCAGAUUAUUGAACGACGAUGAACUUAAGUUUGAGUAUUUAGAACUUCUUAUAAAGCUCAAACAGUAUGACAAAGUUGAUUCAUAUAUAUCGUCAGAAUUAAACCAACUAUAUAACAAAGAAAAAGACAUACCAUCUUUCAAAAGACGUAUACGAUUUCUACUGACACAAGCGAAAGCAAGAAACCUAAAGAAUCCUGCCGCGGGAAACACAAAUCUAAUUCUAACCGAAGCGAAAGAUUUACAAGUGGCUGUUGUAAAAAGAGUUGAAAUAGAUUCGAGAGGAGAUUUAGAGGAAGAGAAAAAGCAGUUGUCAAGUAUAUUAUGCUCUUUAGCUAAAGUUAAGUCUGCGAAGGAGCCGGCAGUUGCAGCUAAUUUGUAUUCAGAGGCCUUGAUACAUUGUCCGAGAGAUCCGACCACUUUAUUGGCGUUGGCAAAAUUAUAUGCUCAGAUGAACAAUCCAGAAAGAUGUGAGCAAACAUGCGCUGUCCUCCUCAACACUGACCCAAACAACGAAUCAGCUGCAGUUAUGAUGGCAGAUUUGGCUUUCCGUAAGGUUGAUUUCGAGACAGCCCAACGUCACUUGGAGCAGAUAUUGUCUGUGAAGGCGACGAGCUGGGAGGCGCUCGCGCAGCUCAUCGAAGUGCAGUGGAGGCGCGGCAAGCUGAGUGACGCGGAACAGACGCUGGAGACGGCCAAAAAUAGCUUGGACAAUCAAGAUGAUCCCGGUUACUCAUACUGCCUGGGUCUAUACUCCACGUAUGAGGGCAAAGUGAAUGCAGCCUUACGUCAACUAAACCAAGCGCGGCGUUCGCCUCUUUGGGGACAAAAUGCCGCGAAAAGGAUGGUGCUACUGUGUCUUUCGCAACACGCUCCUGACACUUUACAAGAAAGCCUGACUGCAUACGAUGACUCCGAUACACGUCUUCUAGCGCUAAGAACGGCGGAGAAGCUUCUAGCAGAAGUACCGCAUACAGAUCGUAAAGCGCUUCAAGCGCUCCUGCAACUGGCCACCAAGCACAAAUCACAAGCAGACAAAGUUCUACAAGACAUCUUGCCAUUAGCCACCGAGGACGGCUAUCAAGACGACCCGUAUCUUAUCCUUGCCAUAGCAAAUGCGUACAACAUUAUGAAACAGCCAACUCGAGCUAAGAAUAUACUCAAAAGGACCAUAACAUCUAUUCCUUGGACACCAGAAAAAGCUGAUGGUUUAGAGAGAUGCUGGUUGGAAGUGGCAGAUAGUCAAAUAAGUUCUGGUCGGACGGAGGCCGCGAAAGAAAUUCUUACUAAAAUUCUGAAUCACAACAAUUCCUGUGCAGCUGCUUAUCAAUACUUGGGUUUCCUAUCCGAAAAGGAUCAAAACUACAAAAGCGCAGCACACAACUACGAUAAUGCAUGGGUACAUACGGGUAAGAACGACCUAGCUAUCGGAUACAAACUGGCCUACGCAUAUCUGAAGCUGAAGAAGUAUCCUGAAUGUAUAGUGGUCAGUCGACAUAUCUUGAAGAUUCACCCGGAAUACCCGAAACUCAAGAAGGAAAUAUUGGAAAAGGCGAAAAGUAACUUGAGGACAUAGGUUUGAGAUCUUAACUAUUAUGUUAACUGACUCGUUUUCGCUUCUUUGAGUGCACUUCAGCGCUUUCUUUGGUGGAGAGAAUGAUGUAUGAUUAUUAAUUAUUGAAUUUAAUUGAUGUUCUUCUAGUUAAUGCAUUUAAGAUAAUGAAUUUUCAUAACAUUUUUGUCAAUACAUAAUAUUAAGUACAAAUCAAAAAUGUAACGACCCGAUAAAGAAACUAAUCGAAAUGAAGCGGCGCUAAUCAUUCCAUCUUACUCAGCCACGAACACAGGUAUAGUGUGCGAGUGAGAUGAGAAGAUUAGGCCACCAUUUUCGAUUCAUUUCUUCA